AUGGCGGUUCUAAAUCAGAACGUUUUCAAAUUUCUAUUCGUUUUGCAACUUAUCAUACAAGGAGUACAGCCUUUGGGAAAGAUACACCAUGUGAACAAACAUGGCCUAGGCAAGGUCUACAUAGAAACUGCCCAUAAGUGCAAUUGGUUUAAAGCCCAGAUAGAAUGUACCCGUAAAAAUAUGUCCCUCAUUGCUGUGGAUACAGCGGCAAAAGCUGCCGCACUGGAUGAGAUAUUGACAAAGGAAUUUGAUACCUCUUGCCCUCAUCUAUGGAUUGGUGCUAGUGAUUUAGCUGUUGAAGGAACUUUUCAGUGGCUAAAAACCGGCCAGCCAAUGUCCUAUUCGAAGUGGAAGCCAAAUAUGCCAGACAAUUACCUGGGCAAGGAGCAUUGUGUUCAUAUCACCCAUGAUCGUGAUUGGAAUGAUAUUAAAUGUGGUUUUAAAUAUGGCUAUAUAUGUGAAGGAGCAUAA